GAGCACGUGGCCGGCGAGGGGCCGUUGCGGCUGCAGGCCCCCUCCGGGAUCUACGCCGAGAUUCGAAUCCCGGUGCAGCCGGAGGAGCCGCUGAGCCAGGACACGAGCUGCGCGGGCUACCACGCGGUGGUGGCCGUGGGCAGCGGCCGCACUCGCAGCCUGCGGCACAGGACGCUGGACUUCCGGCCGCCCACGGGCGGCGUGUUGUGCACCCAGGUCACUUUUGACCGCGACGUGAUGGGCGAGCUGAGCCACCCGCGCGGGAAGGUCCGGGAGGAGUACAUCGAGGUCUGGACCAAGCUGAAGAGCGGGCCCAUCACCGCCCUCGAGCUUCUCUCUGAGUCGCCCUCGAAAACCACACAGCAGAGGAUGGGUUACUGGCUGUUCUGCGGGGACCGGUUCGUCCGCAUCAUCGGCCCGAAGCUGGGGGACGGCCUCGUAGCGGGCACCGUCUGCAGCUCCCUGAGGCAGCUGGAGUUCCUGUCGAGCUCCAAGGCCGUGCGCAAGGAGCUGCGCACGCACUACGAGGCGUGCUCGGGUACAAUAGAGUCGCCUGGGGUCUUGCGGGUGGCGAAGAAAGCCUGGCCCAUCGAGCAGGCUGGCAAGCUGCUGUACGACGCCAAGGGCGGGUCUGGGGGCUCCGUCGCGGUCUCGAAGCACGAGGUCACCCACAGGCUCCCCUCGGGCAUCGAGCAGCGCUGGCGCGUGAGGGACUGGGGCUUCAACCCCUUCGCGCCGUCGAAGUCCGCGCGCGAGGAGUCCAGGUCGCCCAAGAAGCCGAAGACGGGACUGCAGCUCAAGGCGAAGGCAGACGUGGAUGCCGAAAAGGCGUCCACCAAGGUGCCCGCCAAGGCCAAGGCGCGGAGCAAGUCGCAGGACAGCUCGGCAUCUGUGAGAAGCUCACCGCGGCGGCGGCGGUGGAAGAAGACGCGCCAAAAACAGGACCGUCAUGCACCUGCCGUCAUCAUCAGCGCACCUCUGUGUACCUUGGCAUGA